AUGGCACUCCCAACUCACGGACGCGUUAUCAUCGACACCACCGCUGGCGAGAUUGACGUCGAGCUCUGGUCAAAGGAAGCUCCCAAAGCAUGCCGCAACUUCAUAGCUCUGGCAAUGGAAGGGUACUAUGAUGGUGUCAUCUUUCAUCGUAUCGUACCAGGCUUCCUGGUCCAAACAGGAGAUAGGACAGGAACUGGUGCUGGAGGAGAGUCAUUCUAUGGAGAGCCAUUCGAGGAUGAGAUUCAUCCACGUCUGCGCUUCUCCCACCGUGGCUUAGUGGCAAUGGCGAACAACGGGACCAAGGAUUCGAAUGACUCUCAAUUCUUCAUCACGCUCGAUCGUGCGGACGAGCUGCACGGCAAGCAUACAUUGUUCGGACGUGUCGUGGGCGACACGCUGUACAAUGUACUGAAAAUCGGUGAAAUGGAGAUUGACGAGAAUGGCCGUCCGCUAUACCCUCCGAAGAUCAAGACGGUCCGUAUUGUCGACAACCCUUUCGAUGACAUCGUCCCGCGUAUCACCGCUGAAGAAAAGCGUACCCAGCAACGAGCACGAGAGAAGGUUCAGCGUGAGCGAGAAGAAGAGCAGCGUCGUCGUGGGGCUAAGAAAAAUGUAAAGUUGCUCAGCUUCGGUGCGGAUGAGACGGCAGAGGAGGAGCCUGUUAUCAUCAAGAAGAAGCCGAUUGUUCGUCCAGACCUGCUGGAGCCCGAGCAGCCAAUAUCGAUACCGGCCGUCAUUGCUCCCGCCAAGGAGAAAUUGUCAAAAUCUAAGGCGACCUCAUCAGAACCAAGUGCGCAACCGAAGAAAUUAUCAAUGAAAGAGAAGGAGGACUCUGAGAUCAUCAAAAUCCGCGAGAAACACGCGCAGGAGCAGGCCGCCCAGAGCAACGCCCGCAAGACUGAGAUCGAGAAAAUGGAAGCGGAGAUCCGGAGGCUGGCGCGGCGGGGUGCAGAGAGCGACGAGGACGAGCCUUCACGGAAGAGACAGAAGAAGUCAUAUUUGGAAGAGGAGAUGGGCAAAUACACGAAGGGGCGCGGCGUGCACAAGAAGGGUAAGCGGAGGGACGAAGGAGACGUCCUCGCUGCGCUCAAUAGCUUCCGGAGCAAAAUCAAGAGCACGGCGCCCGAGCUCAAGCCUGAAGUUGAGCAAAUACCCACUGACGGUGAGGGAGCGAAGGGCGGAGCGGGAGUAGAGCCUGCAACAGGCGAGGAAGUGGGCAUGGAGGUCGACGCGGACACAGAUUUCCUCGCGCAUGCGCUGCACUUCCCGAAGGAUAACUCCGAGGAGGUGAACAAGGCGGAGCGAGACUAUGAGGUGAUCGACCCGAGGCAGCGGGGCGCGCGCGCGCGGGAGGAGGAGAGGGAACGGAAGCGUGCAAUGAAGGCGAAAGAGGGGCGGAGGGGAUACCAGCGGCGGUAG